AUGGAGGUUGACCUCUUCACGGCCAGUCUUGCUGGCACGUCUGAGGCUGAGUUUUUGGCUGCUCUUUUUUCAGAAGCAGCAACAGCCACACCAGAGAACUUCAAGCAGAUCGCCUUUGAGUGCGGCAAGAAGCUGCUGUCCCAUUUUGGUGGGCCCCAGCAAUACCUUCAGCAGGCCCAUCCUGACACCAACAGCUUUGCUGCGACGCUGGGCCUUGAGUUCAGCACGACACGGCAAGAUGUCAACUUCGUGACAUCACUCCCUGCGGAUGACUCAACCAUGUUUUGCCUCAAGCUGUCGGACUUGUCUUUCAGUCCUGAGUCAAGCACUAAGCCCGCGCCGUACCUCACCACGGCCAUCAGCCUGCUAGAUGAGUACUUGUGCAACAGCUUCAUCUCUGAGAGCAACUUUAAUGCGUGUGGUUUUCUUGAAAGUUUUCUUGUCGGCGACCCGAUUCUUCUGUGGUCGGGCCCGCAGGGGUCCAGUGAAGGGCCUUCUGGGUGGGCGCACUAUGUGAAGGGGGCGGCCCGGUCAAUGACCCUUCUUUUCCUGGCAUCUCUGGCGAUGAAGUGUGAGUGGAAGCUGGAGAUCCUGCACCCGGCCUUGUUUGAGUCCAUGCGGGUCAUUUGGGCCCGCCGCGCAACAUUGAGCACAGACAUCAAGCGGGUUGCAUUCGCAAAUGCCGCGCUGUCAUCAAGAGGGUCGAUUCGUCGAGCGCACGAUGUUCCAACAUGGCUAUCAAAGCUCAGCCUUCUCUGCACCAAGGGCUUCAAAGCGGAUGCUGCCAUCAAGGCGUGGAACAUGGAGGCUACCAGGGAGUCACAGCUUGCUGGGCAGAAGCGCGUCGCGUUGCUCUUCCUGCUGUCAGCACCACCUGGGACGGCUGAGUUGCUUCUGAAGCACACGUCUGAGUUUGGCUCACAGUCUGCCUUCGCAGAGGACGGUAAUCGGGCAAAGCUUUCCAAGGAGGCCUUGCAGGAAGCAGCGCACCUGUGCCAGUUGCUGCAGGCUGUCCAGGACGACUUGGCAGAGCAGGGAGUUGCGGCAACUUCUCUCAGCGAGAAGCUGCUGGCUGGGGACCGUAACCUCGAGAUGGAGCUCCAGGUGGCAUUGGCUGAGCGCUCCGCCUCUUGGACCUCGGCUGGUUUGACGGUGGUCAAGGAGCUUAUGAAAGGUCAUGCUGCCAGUGCUGAGGGCAAGUUCAGGACUGAAUCCGAGAAAAGGUCCAUUGUGGCUGGUGAGCUAGAGAGGGAGGAGUUUUCGCUCAUGCUGAAGAUGUUUGAGCACGACAUCAAGGCGUAUGCCAACUGGCUGCUGAAGUGCGAGGAUCACGAAGCCAGUGUGUAUCACGCUGAGCUGCAGCACAAACUUGCUAGGCAGCAGGAGGCUUUCCGCCAAGCCAAGGCGUGCUUCCAAGAGUCUAGCCGGGAGUGGAUGGCAACUCUGGCUUGCCAUGGCAGCCCACAGGACGGUGUGGCGCGCAUCGAUGGAAUCCUGCGCCGCCUGUCUCAGACCUUCCAGGUGGCAAAAGACAGCAUUUGCGUAGUGGCGCUUUUGAACUGGAGUGCGCCAUCCCUGGUGAGCUCCGAGAACCAGCGCACACAGGCUGCCCUAGCAGGCUACCUGGUGAACUCGCACUCCCCGGAGACUGGCGCCUGCAUCGGCCUGCUCCUCUCUCCAGCACACAGCUAUCAUCGUGGGCUUCUUUGGAAACAGGAGGAAUCAGCCAACAAACUCCUGGCGAACUCCCGGUUGAACAUGGAUAUGCCCUUCGUUCUGCCUUACAUGGACAGAGCUGAUGAAAGAGACCAAAGAUCGAUGAUUCGUCAUGGGCGGCUGAUGCUUUCGAUGGAGGAGAAGCCGCAUUCCAAAGCGUGGCAGUUCUGGAGGUCCUCGGCUCUGCUCAGCAAAGGGCUCCUGGAUGCGGCUGAGGUGGUGUCUGGAAAAGACUUGGUCGCCGUUGAGGACAUUUCUGACGACGCCCUGCCGAGCACGACGUCGCUGACACACACCCAGGGCGCGGCAGAGAAGGUUGCGCAGGUCGGAGUGGAUGGCUGCACAAGCAUUCUGCGUGGAGCGCUGUCCUCCUUGACUGGCGCGCCCAAGCCUGUGGUCCUGGUGGUGGAUCUGAAUGCUCACACUGGAGACCUUGGCCGCGCUGUGGUCAAGGAGAACUUCCUGCAGAGCAUGGGGGGGAUGAACCUGUUCUACUUGGGGCUCCAUGCCACCCAGAGCGAGGUGGACUGGGCCUUGCAGCAUCACACCGAGAAGCUGGCCGAGCAGCUCAGCAAUGGCAACUUCAAACCGUUCAUCAGCCUGCCGGAAAGGAACGCAGAGCUUGUAGCUGCGCAGCCACCGCCACCCAACCUCUCCUUGCUGGCGUACUCCAAGACCAGGCUUCCAGGCUCCACCCUCCAGACCCUGUCCACGCCUGCCAAAGUCUUGGCUGCCUGGCAUGACCACAGCAGCUUCAAGGGUGAGUUCAGGGAGUUCUUGCAGAAGACGCGUGCAGAUUAUCCACUAGACCUGCCCCCUAAGACGCGCAGCUCUGAGAAUGAAGACGACGGCAAGAGCAAGAAGCGAAAAAUCAAUGUGCCGGGCGCUUUGCCAUCCGGCAGCAAGACUGACGGUGACGGUGACAAGGCGGCCAUUGCCGAGGACCCAGCAACUUGA